GCCUGCGAAUAAACAAUGAACUCUUAUGGCCUUGCGUGGCCGUAUCGUCCGUGUCGGAAACACCGCAACCCUUGCAAAUAUGUUCAAUGUUUGCUGACGCAACAGGCAGAGUGAAACCCGUCAGGAUAACAGUAACAACACUGCGCACGAUAAAGCCGCGCUUUAGAGCAUCUUUGUGAUGGAAACGUUGUGGUGAGUGCUUGGGUCCAGAUGAGCGCUGGUAUCGCCAGCAAACUUGAGCGCAACAGGACUAUAGACAUGUGCAUCCUUCGCUUGUCAGACUACACGAUGAAUUCCAGGAAGCACGUGAUAUGUCUGUGGACAAGAACUAUUGCAUCGUAAUGCACUAAAGCUGCGCAUCAUGGUGAACAUGAUGCCACGAAAGCCCAUUUGGCUUUUGCUCUUGAUCACGCUGCUGUGCGGAUUCUUGUUCUACCGAAUGACCUACUUGACUCACAUCGAUUCGUUAUCCGGAAGAACAGGCACGGACACCCAAGGAGACGUCUCGACACACAGGUCGUCGAAUACUGCUACGAGUAGUCCAAAUAGAACUGUGACUCCAAAACUGGCCGUAGUGACAUGUGGAGACAGGCUGAACCUCACCCUCAUGAAUGUAAAAUCAGUAGUGGCUUUCUCCAGGGGACCACUGCACAUGUUACUGUUUGCAGAUCCACCUAACAUGGACUUCCUUCUAAAAGAGUUAUCUAAAUGGCCACGCAAAGUUCGGCAGAGGGUGACCGUCGAAGUUCGCCCGGUCACUUUUCCCAAAGACCGAAGCAAGAAGUGGAAGGGGUUGUUCAAACCAUGUGCUUCGCAGCGACUUUUUCUACCAAGGCUGCUGCCCGAAGUAGACGCAUUGAUCUAUGUGGAUGCUGACAUCCUUUUUCUACGCCCAAUUGAGGAUCUGUGGGAUAUCUUUAAUCAGAUGAACAGCAGCCAAAUUGCCGGUCUGACGCCCGAGACAGAGGACUAUACCACAAAUUGGUACACUCGCUUUGCACGACAUCCAUACGUUCGCCCAUUAGGAGUGAAUUCUGGAGUAAUGCUAAUGAACCUGACUCGCAUGCGACAGUUCAACUGGGAUUCGCGCCUGGAGCCUGUCCUGCUUAAAUAUGAGCGUUAUAUCAGCUGGGGGGACCAAGACCUCAUCAACAUCAUCUUCCACGACCACACAGACAAGCUGCUUAUUUUUCCCUGCCAGUGGAACUUCCGGCCAGAUCACUGCUGGUACGGGCCGACGUGUCCUAAAGAAACGCCCGCUAUUCUGCACGGAAAUCGAAAUGCUUUUGUGGAAGCUAAGAAGGAACCGGCCUUCAGAUUGGUUUUUGAUAUGAUGGAUAAGUACGUCCUUGAAACUAGCCUGGUUGAGGACUUUGUGAACCCACUUGAAGCUGCCUUGGAGAAGAUGACGACAACUUAUUGUAGGAAAGAAUUGCUCAAACAUGUUCCUGGUUGGAAAAGAGUCGCCAGUAGUAUUGAUAAAGAUCGGCUACAAGAUCACAGGAGCAUUACUCCAAACAACUCUCUUGCAAGCCCUUUUGCUCAAAAUCGAUACGUUUCCAGUGCCGUACGCCAUGAGAGCUGGCAGUGGACAUGCAGCUACAAGGAGGAGCAAACAGGACAGACACCUCAUAAGGUUGUGUGACAUUUUUUCACGAUGAUCACACGUAAGCAUCCUCCCCCUUCCCUCCCGCUUCAUGUAUUCCCCAUAGCAGGACGUGAAGCGAAUGAUUUGAUCAAAUCAAGCAACCAAGGCAAAUCGUUCAGACAGUUGAGGUCACACGAAAAUGGCGCCAAGAAAACACCCUGGUAUCAUCGCGACGUCGUCACUUUGACGUUGCGCAUAGUCUCUCUGCGUGGGUAUUUCAAACUAUGUGGAUUCCAAUUAUUUAUGAUGCCGAUAAUAAAUUAUACUGCUCAAGUAAGAAAAAAGUAAACGAGGUAUUAGGUAAAAAGGGGGCAACAAAAAUCUAAGAGUUGAUGCUUGGAGAGCAAACUGCCAUUUAAUCCACAUGCUUUCUGGUCACACAGGAAUGCUCUUUUGGUUGUUGCAGAUUGUAUGAUAGAUAGCACGAGUUUUUAUUCAAGAACGACGAUUCUAGCUGACCACUAGGCAAUGCAAAAGGCCUUUGCAUGCAGUCUGAAAUCCUUUGGCCUCCUUUGGAAAACCUUAUCAGAGAAUGGGUGAGCCUUGUGCCACCCCGUGAUCACGAUGCUGAUGCCAGUCAGGUGGCUCCCCACGUAUGUCAACUGGCUCGGGAAAAAGACUUUCUCCGAAAUAUGUAGUAUAUUCAAGGCCCUCGGUUUUCCGCCACUCCGCAAAAUUUUGCGGAAUCCCUUAUUUUUAGGAGCUACGGAUAUUCGAGUUCUCGAAUUCGAAUCGAAUAUCAAUCACUCUAAGUAUUCGAUUCGCGAAUCCGUGACUGCUCACCGUGGAAAAUCACGGAAUUUUGAAUUUGCAGCAGCAGAAAACCGAGGGCCUUAAGUAUAUUAUAAGUACAGUAUAAGUCUUGCUUGUUACAUUGCAUUUUGGUGCUCGCUUGUUUUGCCAUAAACAAAUGUGCAAUGAGUGCAUUUUUUAUAGAUUUUUAUAACUUGUAACACAUGUGCAUACUGUGCAUACUUUGAGACUAUUUAUUUGUGCCAAUUGUGUUCCUAUUAUUUGUGCAGUCUACAAUGCCACAAUUUUGUACUGCUUAUGUUUUAUGAGUAUUACGGUGGACUACAAUACAGAUAGUGCCGUCUGUAGCUAAAGAAUCCAGAAGACAGCAAACGUGCACAUAUUUUAGUAAUGUUAUUAGCAAGCUAUCAGUAUAUAUAGUAGUGCUUCAGAGAUGUAGUGCCAUCACGUUAUUGUCACAUUCCUAUCGUGCCAUGUUCCUACUUUCGUUUUCAGCGCGAUUUGAAGUCUGUGCUGCAUAAAGUUGCAGUACGUGCAUCUACCACAGAAUGAACCCUCUACAGCUUGUAUAUAUUCCUGUGUAUUUUGGGGUAUUUUCGAAGAGUUUAAGUGUGGUUAAGGGUUAAAAUUUCUUUUUGUGUGUAUCACAUAUCAUUGUUGACGAGCUUCGUUUCGUGUAAAAAAGGACUGGCACAAGAGACAUGUAAACAGCUAGAGUGUAUAUUUCACUAAACAGUCCUCAAUGCACUUAUUCAUCAUUCUCAUCACAUACUGGGAAUGUUACCGAAACUAAUGGAUGCAUAAUAUAUGCCAGAAUGCCUACUGUGACUGGUUACAAAGUGCUACCUAUUGCUUUUAUGUAUGUAACAGAGUUUGGGCAAAGUUACAGUGAUGGAGCUGUCUUUAGAGAGUAACAUUCUUCAAAUGCACACAGAUCUCAUAGAUGAAACUGACACACCCAAGGUGAAACUCGAUGGUUACAGAAAUAAAACGGGAAUAUUACAGGAAAUGCUACUAUUGGUAACACACUGAAGUAAACGUGCACUAAAAUGGGAGCAUACACACACCUUAUGAUUUACCUUUGAGAUUGCGUUUUGAGAGCACUUUUUCAAGCAGUCAUGUGAUAUUGUAACAUUCCAUGUCACAGCAUGUGUAUACAAAAUAAAGCAAGAAUCCUGAAA